GUGAUGGAAAAAGCUAUGAGGAAGUCCACAGCUGUGCCUCUGGGUGGCCAGGACGCCCACGGCCCGGUAUAAAGGCGGCCCAGGCAAGGAGCCUCCAGACGUCCCCGCCCUCCUCCCUCCCGGACACCGGCCGAGCCCCACGCCAACAUGUGCCACACCAGCUGCUCCUCGGGCUGCCAGGCUUCCUGCGGCUCCUCCGGCCCCUGCCAGGCGUCCUGCUGUGUGCCCGUGAGCUGCAAGCCCGUGUGCGUGCCCGUGAGCUGCAGACUCGCUGUGUGCGUGCCCGUGAGCUGCAAGCCCGCGUGUGUGCCCUCCUGCCAGUCCUCCGUGUGCGUGCCCGUGAGCUGCAGGCCCGAGUGUGUGCCCUCCUGCCAGUCCUCCGUGUGCGUGCCUGUGAGCUGCAGGCCCGAGUGUGUGCCCUCCUGCCAGUCCUCCACGUGCGUGCCCGUGAGCUGCACACCCACCGUGUGCGUGCCCGUGAGCUGCAAGCCCGCGUGUGUGCCCUCCUGCCGGCCCUCCUGCCCCACCCUGGUCUGCAGACCCGUGUGCUGUAGCUCCCCGAGCUGCUUCUGA